AAGUAAUUUGUAAUGAGGAUCAACAAACAUCUGAAUGGAUUAUAGUGAAAUAUUGUUUUGUAAAGAAAAAGGAAAGAAAAUAUUGUUUUGUAAAGAAAAAGGCCUUGGAUUUAUCAUUAAUAAUGCAUUUGGAAUCCUUAGUAUUGCAAGGGGUGAGAAGUUAUUGCUAAAAUGUGUAUACUAAAUCUGUUUUCCUUUUCCUUGGAAUCAAGGAAAAAGCAAGCUUUUAUAAAAGGGCCAGUUUGGUUUAGAGAUUAAGGCACCAGAUUAGAAAGUAAAAGAAUGGGGGUUCAAGCCUUACUUUAGCCAUGAAAGCCAGUCCGAUGACAUUCUCUCUUAGCCCUAGGAAAAAGGACAUUUUUGCUUUCUCAGCUGUUAUUGCCUAAUCCGCUGUGCUGCCUCCAAGACAAAUUUGCAUUUCAGGCUCUGUCAGUAAUCCCAUCAUCUGCCUGGCACAAAAAACAUUCCAGCAUUGUAGACUCCAUGCAGGCCAGUGAGAAAAACUUUAAGCUUUUUGGAUUUUUGAAGAGGAAAACAACUGAGGAGAGGAUGGAGCUGACAUGGGCAGGAGUUCUGCUUCUUCUCUGUAUACUUUUCACCCUUUUCUCAUCUUUCCAAAUGUACAAGAAAAAAGGGCAGCUACCCCCUGGACCUACUCCAUGGCCUAUUCUGGGGAACUUCUUUCAGCUAAAAAAAUCCUAUAAAAAGCUUACAGAAAAGUAUGGACCUAUAUUUACUAUCUGGAUUGGAUCAAAACCAAUGGUUGCUCUUUGUGGAUAUGAGGUGGUAAAAGAUGCUUUGAUAAAUCAAGCAGAAGAAUUUGGUGGGCGAUCUCAUACGCACUUUCACAGACGAAUAAACCAAAAUAAAGGAAUAUCUACAAAUGAUGAGAAGAAAUGGAGGGAGCUGCGACGGUUCACACUGUCCACCUUGCGAGAUUUUGGGAUGGGGAAGAAAAGAAUGUUUGAGAGGGUGCAGGAGGAAGCCCUUUGUCUGGUGGAGGAAAUGGCUGUCACAAAAGGGCAGCCUUUUGACCCAAGAAGAAAUUUGGCAAGUGCUGUUUCUAAUGUGAUCUGUGCAGUUGUCUUUGGCAAUCGAUUUGAUUACAAAGAUCAAACCUUCAUAGAGAACCAGCAGAUUGUGGAGUAUCAAAUAAGAUUUCUGACUAGUUUCCUAGGACUGGUGUACAAUACUUUUCCAAAAACAAUGGAAUACUUUUUUGGACGACAUAUCGAGUCUGAGACAGAAAAAGUCUAUGAUUAUAUCCGUGAGAAAGUGGAAUUGCACAAGAAGACAUUGGAUCCCCAGAACCCGCGUGACUAUAUUGAUUGCUUCCUUCAUAGAAUGGAGAAGGAGCAGAACUCAUCUGAGGGAAUCUACACUCUUGAUGAUCUUGUGAUUACUGUGCUUGCUCUCUUUACUGCUGGGACAAUAACCACAAGCCAAACUUUGCUACGCAGCCUCCUAGCAAUGGCUAAAUUGCCACAUAUUCAAGCUAAGGUGCAACAAGAGAUUGAUGAGGUAGUGGGUACAAAUCGCACUCCAAGCAUGGAAGACCGCUUGAAGAUGCCUUUCACAAAUGCUGUGGUCCAUGAGGUUCAACGUUAUGGGACUGAGAGCCUUGAAAACCUUCCACGGGCAACAACUUGUGAUGUAAAGUUCCAUGGUUACAACAUUCCCAAGUACAUGGCUGUUGUGCCAGUCCUCUCCUCAGUACACCGUGAUCUUCUCCACUGGGAGACUCCAGAGAAGUUCAACCCAGAUCAUUUUUUGAAUGAAAAGGGCCAGUUCAGGAAAAGAGAUGCUUUCAUGCCAUUCUCAGCAGGGAAGAGGGCCUGUCCAGGAGAGGCUCUGGCUAGGAUGGAGCUCUUCCUGUUCUUCAGCACUUUGCUCCAGAACUUCACCUUCUCUCUGGAUGGGGACACCAAAGACGUAGAUAUAAUGUCUCUGUUUAUGAUCUUCCAAAAUAAGAAUCAAUCCCUCCUUAUACGAGCUGUUAAUCGUUCAGUGGACACUUGUGUUCAAUAAUUAAGACAAGGAAAGGAGUCAAGAUCAUGAUAAGUGACAACUCCUUUCUUUCUUUUCUUUCUUUCUUUCUUUCUUUCUUUCUUUCUUUCUUUCUUUCUUUCUUUCUUUCUUUCUUUUCUCUCUCUCUCUCUCUCUCUCUCUUUCUCUUCUUUUAUUUUUUUUCUUUCUUUUCCCCUCCCCUCCAUUUUCAUCUUCCCCCUCCGCUUCCUUCCUGGCACAUAUUGUAUCCUAUAAAUUGCUCCUUUUAAGGCCUAUAAAUUAGAUUGGGUGACUUAUAUCAAUAAAUAAAUAAUGCCUGUGAGAUCCUGGACUCCAGCUAUUGCUGCUGAUUGCCAAGUAAGUCUGCAAUAUAUCUUUCUUCAUCCAAAAUUUGAUUGUGGGUAUGGCAACAGAUCUGUCUGGCCUUACUAUGUUCUGAAUGGCUCUAGAGUGGGCAGUUAUCUUGGAAUUUAGCUCAAACUUUAGGGGAGGGGAAGAAACGCUGGCCAUUAUCAUCUGCAAAUUGUUGAGGAUUUGGAGACCUGUGGUGCAAACUGGAUGUGAGGCUCUUGGUUAAAUUUGGGCUGUAAGGAACAAUUGUGAUUGCUGCUUGUGUAUUAUCUGUUGACCAGCAUCAUACCUGUUUGAGCAGCUGAAUAUGUUGUUGUGCUGACAAUAGAGACCUGAGGCUGUUGGUUCUUGGAGAUUUCAACUUCACUUCUAGUAGCCUUGAGUAUAAGGUAGUCCAGGAGUUUAUGGCAACCAUGGACUUGUCCCAAAUCACUACACCCAAUGCAUAUCAGGGGCCACACAUUAGUUUUUGUUUUGUGGCAGUAGCAACAUACCUAGUUUUGGAGAACAUCAUUAUUAGUUCAUUGCCAUGAUGAAAUCAUUCUCUGAAUGCUUUCUGGUUUGCUGGUGUCACCUGACUUCAUGGGGAGGCAAGGCCUGUUAGAUCAACCGACCCAAGAUUCCUGAUGGAUCUUGUUGGGUUCAGAGGAGGUUGGGUUUUUCAUUUAGGAAUUGGUGGGCCAUCUGGCUGAGACCUUAGUUGCAGCUUGGAAUGCACAAUUGCUAUGCCCCUUUUAUGGUGUGACUGCAUUCAUAUACACUACUUAUCAAAUAUAUGCAUAAGAAAACAAAAGUCAACACAACAUUAAAUUACCACAAUAAUAAUAAUGAUAAUAAUAAUAAUAAUAAUAAUAAUAACAAUAAUAAUAGGAAGAAGAAGAAGGAGGAGGAGAAGGAGAAGACGAAGAAGAAGAA